AUGCGAACGUCGAACGUUAAACUACACUUUCUGACAACAGACUUUGGGGUCGAAAUGGCAUAUCUGUCUGUCCAUUCUUUCUUUCUUUCUUUUUUUUUUUCUUUCUUUCUUUCGUCAUCUCUCUUCAGGUCUCUUUAUUUCUUGCAGCAUCUCUCCUCAUCCCUCUUUCUGUAUCCUUGUCCCUCUUUUUUCUACAUCUCCAUCUCUCACACCUUAACGCCUUUUCUCUUUCUCUCUCUCUUUCUCUCUCUCUAUCCCUGUAUAUAUAUAUAUAUAUGUGUGCAUGGAUGUAUUUCUGUCCCCCACCGUUUCUUUUUCUUGCUUUCUCCCUAUCAUUCUCUUUCGUUUUUUUAUAUAUAUCACUCUCAAUUUUUAUUUCUUAUUUUACUCUUCUUUGACCUGUUUUACUGUUUUUCUUUCUUUCUUUCUUUCUUUCUUUCUUUCUUUCUUUCUUUCUUUCUUUCUUUCUACUUGUUUAUUUCUAUAUAUCUAUUUGUAUAUAUUCUUCAUACUUAUCUCACAAGGCGUCCUUUUCUUUUCUUUCUUUCUUUCUUUCUUUCUUUCUUUCUUUCUUUAUUUCUCCGCUUUCUUUCCACUCUCACCUUCUUUAUUCUUUCCCUGGCUUUCUCCUUUUCUAUUUUUUAUCUCUCUUUCUAUCCAUUGUCUCAUUUCUCUGCUCUCUUUCUUUCUCCUUCUCACUCUCCACUCAUUUUUCAUUUAUUUACCCUUUCCUCCCCCUCUAUUUAUUUCCCUGUUGUUUAUUUCUUAUUUCACUUUCUCUUUCUUAAUCUCUCUCUCUCUCUCCCUCUCUCUCUCUCUCUAUCUCUCUUACUCCUCUCUAAUAUACACACACCUAUGUUUACUUGUUUCUCUUUUUAUCUCUUUGGUCCUUACUCUCCACCUUAUCUCUCUAUGUGUAAUACAGUUAUUUUGUAUUUCUUGUUCCCAGUAAUUCUCUUACACAUUCGCUCCUUUCUUCCCCCCCCUCACUAUCUAUAUUUCUUUCCUUGUCUUCUUCUUCCACAAUUAUUUUUCUUGUGUCAUCGUACUCCCAUUCUCCAUGUGUCUCACUCCGUGUCUCUCGCUGUGUCUCUCUUUGCGUCUCUCUCAAGCUACAACUCCUUUUCUCUUACAUUCUGUAUUUCUUAUUUUCUUCUCUUUCUCUUUCUCUCCACUUCUCUCUUUCAAUCAGCACGUGUUUCUCUUUUUGUCUUGAUAAUUUUCCAUUGUUUGCUUUGUUUCUUUCUCUCUGCCUUCCCUUCAUCUCAAUCUCUCUCUCUCUUUCUCUCUCUCUCUCUCUCUCUCUCUCUCAUUUCCCAUUUUCACCCCCGUACUUUCAUCUCUCAACUUUUUUCCCGCCUCUCUCCAUUCUUUCCUUUCCUUGUCAAUUUCUUUUAUCUUUUCGUCUUUCAAAAUAUUUCUCUCUCUCUCUCUAUCUCUCUCUCUCUCCCUCUCUGUCUCUCUCACCAUAAAUUCCCUUCUUCCUAUUCAUUGCACUACUACUACUACUACGCUCUCUUUCUUUCUUUUUACCUCUCUCACUCUCUCAUUAUCAUUAUCUAUCUAACUCGACUUACGACCAUAUCACGUUGA